ACUAAAAAUGUAUUUUUAAACCACGAAUAUGUUUAUGCUCAUUUUUCUUACUUUACGCGUUGCAAAAAAUAUAGAUUCUAGAAAAUCGCACAACUUCGAUCCGAUUCCACCGUGCCGUGUCUUUCUUCAACCACCAUCUAUCGCCGUUCGUGCCACCGUAGACGCCGGAAUUCUGUAUGCCGAUGAAAUUGUGAAUCCGUGAAUAGUGCUCGAGUUUUUGAGUAAUAUGGCAUGAGCUUCAUGUUCUUCUAUCCUUGAAGGUUUAGCUGACAUAAACAGGAUAAGGAUGUUUUCAUUAUUUUAUGGACUUUGGCAGUACAUGUUCAGUAAGUUAGAACUUCAUGUACUCAUUUUAGGGAUUGACAAGGCUGGUAAAACGACUUUGCUUGAGAAGAUGAAGUCGGUGUACACGAAUGUAGAAGGUCUUCCUCCGGAUCGAAUUGUUCCAACUGUGGGAUUGAAUAUUGGUCGUAUUGAAGUGGCAAAUAGAAAGCUUGUGUUCUGGGACCUAGGAGGCCAGCUUGGUCUUCGCUCAAUCUGGGAGAAAUAUUAUGAAGAGGCACACGCUGUAGUAUUUGUUGUAGAUGCAUCUUGUCCCUCACGAUUUGAAGAUUCAAAGUCUGCACUUGAAAAGGUGCUUCGACAUGAGGAUCUCAAAGGAGCCCCUCUUUUGAUUUUAGCAAACAAGCAAGAUCUUCCUGAAGCAGUAUCAUCUGAAGAACUUGCUCGGUAUCUAGAUUUAAAGAAGUUGGACGAAAGAGUCUACAUGUUUGAAGCUGUGUCAGCAUAUGAUGGGCUGGGGAUCAGGGAAAGUGCGGAAUGGCUAGUGGAAGUGAUGGAGAGAAGCAAGAGGACUGAAAUGUUGAGAUUGCGGGCAGGUGCAAUGGGUCCAGGUUCUGUCUAGAGAACUAUAUGGACAUUACACUGCCAUACAGAUCCAGGUAGUGAUGUGACAUUGUGUAAAAUACAAGUUACGAAGUCGAUAAACUUGGGUGUAGCUGAACUUUUGUGAAAGGAGUCUGAUUGGAGGAGCUACAUAUGUUUGAUUAUUAUUUUGUUGGUAAAAAAGAUUGAUUUCCAUGUAUGCUUGUGGGGAAAAAAUUACGUAUAGUUUAGCCCUCUAUCAAAAGUAACUAUACGACAGUCUGUAAAAGCAGUGUCUGAAACUUCAUUUAUCAUCAGUUACAAUUUUAUUUUGA